ACACAGGGUACAGAUGAUCUUGAGGUGUGAAGAGAGGAAGAGAAGGAACUGAAAAAAAUGUGUUGUGGAUAUAGAAGAGGAUCUUUUUUGCCUUUAUUCUCAUUCGUAUUAUUAUUCGUCAAGGACAAUAAUAACUUUAUCUUUGGUUUUAUGUCCAGCAGUAAUGCAUCAAAGUUCAAAAAGGGAUUACAGGAAGAACAAUGGAUUUGGGGUCGUCUUUGCUCCCUCGUGGUCUUCAAGCUUUCACAUACAUGAGAAGAAACGAAUGACACUAUGAAUCUGACUCCAGAUCAGCCACCGACCCAGCUCUUUAAUCUUUCCAGUGCAUUGGACCUUCAAAACAAAAGCAGGCUGGACCUUACAGCUCGAGCCAUGCUUUUCAACAACACCUUUUUCCUCCAGGAUAAUGCAGCUUUAGAAUGGGAGUUAUUUCUGACCAUUCGAGAGCCUGGCACUAUUAUCUUGACUGUCUUGUACUCAGUUUCCUUUCUUGUAGGUUUCACUGGAAACGUCAUGUCCCUUAAAGUCCUAUUAGGGCAAAAUGGAAGUGUGCGUCUGUCAGGCGCAAGUGCCACACGCUACCUGCUGAUAAACUUAGCGGUGUGUGACCUGGCGGUAGUUUGCGUGUGCAUGCCAGUCACCCUGGGCCACCGCAUCUACACGCCAUGGGUGUAUGGAGACUUUUUGUGCCGCGCUGUACCUUUUACGCAGGCUGUGUCUGUUUCCGCCAGCGUCCUGAGCAUAACGGUCAUCAGCAUUAGCCGGUACUAUGCGGUUCACUCUCCGCUACAGUCCCGUGCUUACUUCACCCGUCGACGCAUCCUCGUCUCCGUUGCAGCCGUGUGGCUGAUCUCCUCAGUGAUCUGCAUGCCGGUUGCCAUAGUUACCAGACGUGAUGAUGUAGCUUUGAUUGAAGGGCUGGCUAUCGUUUUGCCUGUCUGUGGAGAGGUGUGGCCUCAGCCACGCUCGCGACAGGUGUACAAUGUCCUGCUGUUCACCGCCCUCUAUUGCCUACCUGUUGCGUUUAAUCUAACCCUAGCCUUCCUCACGUAUCGCCGGCUGCGGAGCAAUACUGGAGAGGUUCGGUUUACAGAGCUGGACCCGCGGUCUCAGGUACUUCACGAAGCAAGAUUGCAAGGGCGUAGUCAAAUCGCCCGUAUGGUCGCAGCUCUGGUUCUUCUGUUCGCUCUGUCCUGGUUGCCUAUGUACGUGGCUGACAUCUGGCUGGAUCGUGAACUGCUUCAUCCGCCACACUGGCUAUUGCAGGCCAGACCUUUUGCACAGUGGCUGGGACUGACCAAUUCAUCUCUCAACCCUUUUUGCUACUGCUUCAUUGGAGAUCUCCACCGUUCAGCCAAGGCUUUGCGUCUACGCCUCAUCGGCCCGUCCCCUGCCUCAGCGCUAGCGCUAGCCUCACUCCCUACAAUCUUCCAGUUACAAAAUGAUAAGAAAACACCUGUGGAUGGUGCAAACAAAUCCAACUCCUGUGGGGAGGAUGCUGAGGAUCUGAGUCUGUCAAUUUGGUGGACUCCAUCUAGCGCAUGUGGAUCAAUAGGGUUACCCUAUCACCUUGGAAUGACUGACACAGCCAUUAAACUUGAUACAUAGCACACCUGAUAAGAUUUGUCUGAAAUGCUUUGUAUUUUGUGCUUCUAGGAUGUCAAUUAUUGUGUAUACCUAGUAAGGAUUGAGAAAAACUGGUAAACUCUAGUGGAUUUUUAGACUCAUGUAGAAAUAGGACUGAGGAGGAUUACAUCUGGAGCUCAGAUGUAAACGCCGCUAAACGCUACCUCUGUCAAAAUUAGAUAAUGAUAUUAACCGAAUGCUCUCGGCACAUAUUAUACGUUCAUCAAGCAUCAUUAGCUUCAAAUUCACUUAAUCUCAGACCAUUGAGAAAUAUCGGUUUGUUGGCAGAAUCCAUUAAGAAUCUGAUAAAAAUGCACAUUUACAAGAAAAUAUGUCAGAUGCACUUAGAGGGUUUUGCAUUUGAGCUCUUUAUAUGCUUCCUGAGUAUUAAGCUUAACAUUCAUAUUGCAUAAACACAAAGAAAGUUGUUGUAAUAGUUUUUGCUUAAAUUGUUUACAUCUGCUGUAAAUAUUAAAAUAUCUUUUCAUUGAAACUUACUAGGGUAUAUGUAAG